AAAUAAAGGGAGAUACUUUAUUCUUCAUAUUAGUUAAGGAAAAACUUAUAAAAUGGGCGCAGCAGUAUUACCCUUCAUCAUAUUCACCGUUCUUUGGGGAGGUAUUGGAGGAGUACUACCAUUUUUUGUUCCUAAAGGUCCAAACAGAGGGAUCAUUCAAGUUAUUUUGAUGCUGACGGGGGUAUGCUGCUGGUUAUUCUGGAUAUGUUGUUAUGUGGCUCAGAUGAACCCUCUCAUUGGUCCUAAAGUUGACAGAAACACUAUUCUUUGGAUGGCAAAACAGUGGGGAAAUGAAAUUGCUCAAAGUCCCAUUUAAUUGGGGAACAUAGAUUUCAUUUAUGGAUCCAAACCAUAUUAUGAAUCAUUUUUAGAGGAAAAAUUUCAGAUCUAGCUAUUAGCUGUGAGAAUUCUAUUUAUAUAGUUUCAAAUUUAUUCAUGAUUCCAGACAUUAUUGUGUCCAUUUCAAAUUAAUUUACAUGAUUAUUGUUGUUUUCUGAUUUUACAUUACCCAGAUUUAUUAUGUAUAUAUUAAUUUAUGUCUAUAAACUGUUUAAGAUCCAGGUGAA